AUGCCUGCCGGAGGAUGCUUUUGCGGUAACGUUCGCUACGAGGUGCAGGGCGAGAGCGGAGGCAACAUUCUCUGCCACUGCCUUGACUGCCGCAAGAUCACCGGAUCCGCCUACUCAACCAACGCCGUCUACUCGGACGAGGGCUUCAAGGUCACCAAGGGUACGCCAAAGGCACACACGGUCAAGGGCGACAGUGGAAACGACGUGACUUCCAUGUUCUGCGGCGACUGUGGCUCGACCAUGUGGCGCCAAGGUGACACCUUUGCCGGCAAGCGCAUCAUCAAGGUCGGAACUCUUGACGACACCAAGAUCCUCGACAACAUGACGAUGAACGCCGAGUUGUACGUCGACCACAGGCCGAAGUGGGUAGGCUCCCAGGAGAGCGCGGCGCAGAAGGCGGCCAUGUAA